GAGAUGUCAGGGCAGUGCUAGAGAUAACACCUCGACGCAAACUGGAGAUGAAAGCUUUAGCGACGAUGUUUACACAACCGCCUGAAGAGGUGUCUUCUAGGCGUCGUAUAUCGAAAACAAACCCGGGGAUGGAGGGGAGAGAGAAGAAAGAAGCGGGUGGAAGACGCCAGCUUGCAAGUGCGCAUGCGUGACAUCGAUCCGGGCUGUGGGCUUGCGCGCGAGCGUGCGUGUUGUAGUUGUAGUAGCAGCGCCGCCUGCACCGUAGCGGGAUCCGUGGCACGCGCUCCUACUCCGCCUCCUUCCGUAGGAGUAGUAGGUCGGUAGAUCAGGUCUUGUGACCGACGAUUCCCCCCAAAAGCCUCCGCCCUCGGUGAAGAAGAAGACUCGAUGCUUAUCGAUGUGUCGUGAUGUCACCGGAAACGAGACAGCCUUACUGAGAGACAGAGAGAAGCUGAUGCUCUUCCCCUCCCACCACCACCACUACCAACCCUCGGGGUCCCCCUCCUCCACUCGAGGACAAGACGCGCGCGAGCGAGCGACAUCGAGUCGUAGAGUGGCUCGAGCUUCGUUUGACUCUAGCGUGACGUGACGUGACGCGCGAGCCGUGCGUGUGUGCGCGCCCCGCGCAGGACUCGAUCUGUGUGUGCAGCUAGCAUCAGCAGCAGCAGCAGCAGCAACAGCAGCGAUCGUUGAGUGGGAUUGUUAGUCCCCGUGCCUGCCAGGCCCUGAUUGUUGCUGGUAUAUAAUUAUAUACCUCGAGCUGACGCCCUGCCAGUCAUUGAGUCAAAGACCAGCGAGUCACGCGCAGCCUUUGCAGACGAGAGCGAGAGAAAGAAAGAAGGAAUCAAGCUUUGGUUCCAGUGCUUCUCUUUGUGUGCAAACCGUGUGUUGUGGACUUGUAAUCUUUUGAGUAACAGGCUUUUCUGUGUUCUGCCAGACCUGCCUUCUGCUGACACUGGAAGCCUCGCAGUGCCUCACGUGGAAGCUCGUUACUUAUCCUCCCAGACUUCUGUUUGGUGAGGAGACUCCGAGGUGUAGACUUGAUAAAAAAAAGUAGACGAGCAAACCUUCAACUGUUAACCUGUUUUCAAGAUUCUAAUCAGCUUCUGUGGUGCUUGCACUCAAACAGGUCAUCUUCGCAGAGCAAGUGUGAGGAUCGACAAAGGUAAAAAUCCUCGUCACUGACAGUCACACCGACAUCAGCAGUAGUAGUACCCACACCUACAUCAGCAUCUACCUGAUUCUAGAAGUAUCCACAGCUACCUCAGGAAGAUGGAUUCCGAUCCUGACAGCUCCAGAACCCUGCUGCACGACAACAGCAACCAGCAGUACAAAGGCAGCAGCAACAACAACAUGGCAGGUGGUCAAGUCCAGCACCUGCCGGACACCUUCACUCACGCCAACAGCAAGGCGGCGUACGCAGCCAGCCAGAACGCCCUUCUGACCAGUCCUUGCGACCUGACCCGCCUGCACCGACGAGUUGCCCGCCUGACCAGUUACCUCUACGGACUGGCCGUGGUGGUGGUCGUCGGCAUCAUCCUCAUCGCCAUCAUCGCCUCGCUGUAUGCCAAGCUGUACUACGACCUCACGCACCAUUCGCACCAGCCCAAGGUGGGCGAGCAGGUGGCCAAGAUCCUGGAGAGGGAGGAGUUGUGUGUGCCGUGCUCCGAGGUGAGGCUGGGGCCCAGUCCUGAUGAGGAGGCCAUGUUGAGCGACUUCACGCGCCGCGACACCAAGGAUGGACAGAACUGCUGCGUGGAGCGACCUGCCGAGCUUCUGCGCCUUCUGGAACUCUAUAUUGAGAAACGAUACAGACAGGAGAUGGCCAAAGGAAACAUCAAGAUGCGGCCCCACACAUCGCCAUCCGAGAGCAGCGCCGAGUCUAAGCCGGCCGCCCACCUGAUGGGCUACCCUCAACGCCAGGAUCAGAACCAAGUGCCUGGCCGCCAGUUUCCAGUUGCUAAAUGGAUCCAUGAAGAGGACCUGGCCUUCACCAACCACGUGACCUAUCGUCACGGCCGCAUUGUUGUCCCAGAAAACGGAAAAUAUUACGUGUACAGUCAGAUCUCUUUCCUAGAGUACCUUAGCGUGCACGGCAGCAACCCCCAGGGCAUCACCACCGAGUCCCCCAGCCUCUCCCACUACCUCUACAGAUACAACAUCAUCUACCCUAACGGAGGAGAGGAGAAGCUGAUCCAGAACUCUAUCACCAAAUGCUGGGGCCCCAACAAGUCCUUCGGGGAGUACACGAGCUACCUGGGAGCCAUCUUCGACCUGCGUCAAGGCGAUGAAGUGUUCGUCAAGGUGUCCAACCUCUCCAUGGUGGCCAGAGACCCCAAGUCAAACUACUUUGGCCUUUUCAAGAUCUAGUUAUGAGAACUUUGUCACGGAAAUGAGGUUAGGACAAGGGACUGAGUAUUUGUUGUCUAAAUGGAGACUCUACAAUGGAAAAAAAUGUUUUGGACAAAAGGAACAGUGUGACUUCAGACUCGUGUGGGGGAAAAAGAGAACAAUCAUUAGUAUGGAUUUGGAGUGCGCUGUCGUGGAUGUGAGAGAGAGAGAUGCAUGCCAAAAGAUCCAGCAAUAUAAGGUCUUAUCAUCUCUGAAUUUACGAGGGAGAAAGUUGCUAUCUGCCAAUGUUAUGUAAGAAUGAGUAUGAAUUAUAGAGUGGAUAUAGAAGAUAUGAAAUAAUUAGUGUGGAUGUGUGUGUGUGUUUGAUGUGCAUGCGUGCGCGUGCGUUUAUUAGCAAAACAAUUGGCUCAUUUCAUCAUUUUUAUCACUGUGUUCUUCAUGAGCCAGAAAUUACGAUGACGGAGUUAUCGCUUCUAUUAUUGUUCUUCUGCUGGAGUCUCUGACUUUUGGCAAAAAAGGAAACAACUGUGCUUGAAUUCGGAAGAUCUGUCGAAAGUGACCUCGUGACCUUUAGGCUCGACUUAUGACCUUUCCUAAACUCCAUCCUGUAAUCUUUUGGACGAAAAACAAAAGUGACAUCACGGUGGAGUGUUCCUGGACAAAAAUCCAACCCAAUGAAAAUCACUUCCACAGGUCCUUCUUAUUGAUGAAACUGGAUCAUCGUAAACACUCCUCAAAGAACCGAGGACAUGUUCAUCACUAACAACACUGACAACCAUGAGUGCUGGACGCUUGGUCAGAAAAAAAAUGUGUCCCAAAACUCCAGUGCACGCGUCUGUCUCUCUCUGUCUGCGAAUUUCCACAGGACUGACUCCUGCACUUGUGUUGUAAACCUUUGGUUGCGUGGAACGCGCUGUUUCCAGCACCACCUAUGUGUGUGGUUUCUGUCUGUCGAAACACACCUAGAGUGUCUUUCUUACCUGUCGGAUGGCCCGUGUCCCUGUGCUCGGUCUGCGUCUCGCAAAGUCUCGCAAAGUCUCGCAGCGUGCGUCUCGAGGACACUACGCAUGUGCCAGUGAAGUGUGUUUGUCGCACGUGCUUUUCAGGGAACUAGGUGCACGUGCAGGGACAGUCUGCUGUGCAUGUCAAAUCAAAGGUCAGUUCUUAACAAAAAAAUGAAUGCCAAAAAGCUGAGUGGAUUUCCGACAAAAUGAUCCAAACCAACAAUAACUUGCUGCGCCAGUCAAUUGAUGUUACAAUUUAAACGCACCAUUGAUGAUGAUGAUGAUGACGAUGAUGUGAUGAAUGCUUCUGCUGUUUGGUCCUAGCAGAAAAAAACUCUUGCUCCUGCAACUGCACGCUCACCGGACACGAGCACAUGUUGGUGUGGUCUCAGUGUGACGUAUAUUGAAAUGUGUUUUUUGAAAAUGAAAAAACUUGUCUCGUUCCAAUACACUUCAGUCACGAACCUUGCAUCCCUGAGAACAUGGAAUCCCGAAAAAUAAAGACUUCCCGAUCCAUGUUUGCUCUGCCAGAUGGUGUCCAGGGUUGAAAGUGCGAACAGUCUCUUUCCAUGUUGAAAAAAUACACAUCGCCAGUGACUGUCAUCGUUGAUGAAGUCACAGCCAGUUUUUUUUAAAACCAUUUCUCCUGUACAACAUUUUUUUGUAAGUUUGUUUACCUGAAUCGUGCCGUGAGUUAAUUUUGUUUGUUUACGAGAUGCGAGAUGAAGGGUGAUCUAAAAUGUUUAUUGUUUUACUUGAAAAGAAUUCAUGAAUGUUCUAUCAAUUCCGUAAGAUUUUUAUGAAAAAGAAACUCAACUAUCAAUAACUAUUUUGAAAAAAAAAGGAAAUAUUCUUGGUUUGCCACAAACUUAUGCAGCUUUGCCAUCCUGUGUACUUGCAAUAUGUGGGGCUGAUUAAGUGGAAAAUCCAAGAUUUUUUUUUUUCUUUCCUAUCAUCAACAUCAUGUGCCUGUGCUUCGAUAAUAUAAGUAUUCGCCCCCCUGUACCAACAACUGGUAAAUGGUAUCUCCAUCUUGAAAAACUGAUCUACUUUCGCGAUGAACGCUCGACACACUCUCGUGAAUCCACGUCACUCAUCCUGUCACGUGAUUGUCACGCGCUGAUUCCUCCUCUUAGCCUGUGACAUAUUUUCUCCAAAUAAAUCCCGUUCAGCAAUACACCUGGUUUUUUUACUCUACCUGUGCCUCCCUUCCGUUUGUCACGUGCAAAAGCCCUUUUCGACAGUCUUUUUUAAGCCAGGAUAUAAAUAAUUAAGUAUUUUUGAAGAAUUUUUACCAUAAAUAUUCUUAAAUAGAUUUAUUGCUGUCUUUUUAUUGUUGUCAAAUUUUUUUCCCCAAGAAAAGAACAACAGGGCCUGUAAGAACUCAAAUCAGAGAUAAUUUCAAGACGUACAGUGUAUAUCAAUGAGCAGUUCACUGACCUAGACAUGCUUUUUAACGUUCUUUAUUAUUUAAAUUUUUAAAAAUUAUAAAUUUUUUGUUUACGUUAUCAUACGAAAAUUAUCCAGCUUUAAAGUUUAUUGAAAUAUAUUACCAAAAAGGUGGAAAUUUUAAGCCAGAAUUGUUAUUUUCUUGACGAAAGAUAGCUCCUGGGAGAAAAAAAACUUAUUAUUUGAAAUAAACUGAAAGCGAUGAAAAAUGACUGUAAGACAAGGGAGUGAACAAGAGGCCGAAAUUAAUUUGCUCAAAGAAUUAGUUUUGAAACAAAAAGCCAAAAAUAAUUUUCUUUUUCAUAAGGUUUCAGUCUGCGGAUUUUAGUGAUUCUUAGGCACGCGACUGCAUUGUCAUGAAGAGAAAAAAAUUUUAGCAGUUUUUCCACAGAUCGUGCGAUUUUUGAAGAUGACUAAAAAAUUUCAGUCACUGUCACCGACAUUGGUUGCAUCCUGCUCUCUGUUUGGUGGCGCCAUCUGUCCAUUUUUUAUGCUAUUUGUGGGACAUUCUAGGAUACCUCCUUUUUCUUUCUUAUUUCUUCUAUUUGCUCUGACAAAUAUCUCUCGUCUUAUUUCCCUACUGACAUAAGGAAUAUUGUUGUUCCUGCAUCUGCAUUUAAAGGUUUGUGAAGCCAACAUUUAGUCAUUCUGCCACUCAUAAUAUCAUCAUGAAGUAUAACAUUGCGGAAAAAUACCAUAAUACAGCGACAGGCCAUUCCAAAUCCUGAGACAGCAUCGCCUUACGAGUUCCAAUAUGGCGGCUGGUAGGCUUCCGGCAGAGCCAGCCAGCAUCCAUCCCUUAGUUUCGGAUGAGUGGUUACACCAGAUAACCACAGUCAUGGAAUUCUUUGUGCGAUCUCAAAGGAACAUCCCUUCAUAAAUGCUUGCAGAGUGUGACCUGUGUGACCUGGCGACUACUUAGUGUCAAGCACGUGAGCAUCACUAGCGCUUGUGGAUGUGUAUGUAUGUUUGUUCGCUCAUGCGUGCCUGCAACAAAAUCCGAUUCUCACUGUUUUAAUUACACAGUUUUGUUUUUGAAAGAUUUGUGUAUCGAAAUGUUGUCUGGGUUUUUUUUAACCCCCCAAACGCUUCAUAUUAAAUGACCAAAGUUAUGAGAUGUCAUCGUUUGAAAAGCCAGUAUAGAUGUCAGAUUUGUUUUUCGAUAUCGUGCGUACAGUGUUUCGAACAGAAUUGUGGGAUUUCCUUUUCUUUGUAGUGGAGUUUUUCUUUGUUUUGUGCCACUUACCAGUCCACAGCUGCUGUCCUGUUGGGUGAUAUAUUUUACAGAAUUUUACCUUGGUGCAUUCAUUAUCAGCUGCUUCUAGAAAUACAAUUUCGAUUUACCUUGCCUGUCAGUGAAAAAAAAUUCUUUGGGUCCUUCGUGUGUUCUAGGAUACAGAUUGUGUUGGUAGGAAAGGAACUAAUCUAUCUUCAUUUCUCUUUUUUUCAUUUUUUUUUUUUUUUUCGUUGACUUCACAUAUUUUCUUGCUGCUUUCUUGCGUUUGAUUUGCUUCAUUGGAGAACGAUGUUCCGCUCUGUGUACGCUGAAGUUUUGUAUUUUCAAACCCCGAUUGUUUGUCACAUUUUUAAAGUGCCAGUCCUAUUACAUAUAGAGUAAGAUGAUUCUUUGAAUGAUGAUUAAUAUUUACAUUGGAACUUGUGAUACAUGCUUCGCGGGAGAGCUCUGUGUGCUAGUGCAGGGCUGAGAAAGAGUGCAUCCCCGAAGUGAUGCAGGCUUUGUCUGAUUGUUUGUGAUUGUUGACCAUUUCAAUCUACCAUACCGUGUGAAAGUCAUCCUGUUGUCGAGUGAUGUGUGGAAGCUCUUGUGAUCUUCUUUACUGCCAUUUGCUCCAUUAUUUUCAACCGUUUGUUCUGGACCUUCUGUUAGUCCGAAAUUGAGGGUACUGCAGGUAAAAAUAUAGCAAAACUCUUUCCAUUCCCAUCAAGUUAUUGUUGUGAAGGUUCGACGAGACAACAGUGUCUGGAACUGUCUGAAACGUGUAUGUCCAACUGAUUUUUUUAAAGAAAAAUAGACUUAAGGAUGUGUCUCAAAAAUUGUACAAAAGUAAAGAAGGGACUUUAGACAAGAGGUUUCGAAAAAAAAAUUUUCAUUCUUGCUUUUUUCAUUGCACGCGACUGAUGUAAGUUCAGCCAAAAUUUUUAUAAUAAUAUAUUGCAAAGUCAAUAAUGUGUAUUAUUAUUAUUAUUAUUAUUAUUAUUUAAAAAUAUAUUUGCGAUUGGCUUAUAUUGUAUCUUUGAAUUCCUAGCAUUACUAAGGGGAAAAAAAAGGACAGAGAAAAAUGUAGAACAAUAAGAUAACUUUUUUCCCAUCCUGCGUGCAACUUACUUCUACCUGUCAAAAUGAUAUAGUAGAUUCCACAUCUGCUUCACGAGGAACAUAUAUUUUUAUACCCUGCGGGGAGGCAGAGAAAGUGUAGUACUGACGUAUUCAGAUAGUCCGAGCAAAGACUGAUGAGACUAAAAGUGAGCGCAGGUAAGAUUUAUUUUUCCUCCGAUCGUUUUCACCUGCUCGUACAUUUGUUUAUGUGGCUGUGGCUAGACAAAGGUCGUUGGUAUAAGAACCUGGAUACGUCCUCAUCUAUUUUUACUGCAUUAGUGGAAGGAAGGAGGACGUGAGGAGGAAUAAAGACAGAGCAUGGCGGUGCUUAUAGAUCAUUGUCUUGCUAUUUGGUGAAUUUUAAUGUACUUCUGCGAAUUGUGAUCAACUAUCUUCUUUAAUCAGAACUGAUUCGUCAUUCUACCUAUUUUUGAAUGUAAACGGCUGUUAUAAUUUUCUUGUAUUCUCAUUCUAAUAUUUUAAAUUCCCUGCAGUUCAACGUUUCAGUUUAGAAAUGUGAAAAGAAUCGCCUCCUGCUCAAAAUAAUUUUGGAAUGGAGAGGGUUUCAAAAUUGAAGACAUUUCGAAACAUUUCUCUUAAUUUCGUCAAGAAAAAAAAUUAUAUUCAAGUUGGUUUUUUUUUGUAAUAUUCAGUACAUUUUAUAAGAGAGAAAAUGCUAGGACUUACUUGAUAAAAACAAUUGACUAUUCCUACUCUCCCUGUCGGAAAUCAUCUCUCAUUGUUAUUAGAUAUUCUGCAUUUCACUUGUCCAGAAGUGAGUGUCUUGCUUAGUUUGUGGCUUGUCAAAUCAUUUGGAUUGUCGUUGGCAAUCGGGAAUAAACAUGUGAUAUUUUUGUAAA